AUGGCGGACAAAGAACCCAUCGUAACGCACGUCUUCACCGCAGACCCAUCAGCCCACGUCUUUAACGGCAAGCUCUACAUCUACCCCUCGCACGACCGUGAGUCAAACAUCCCAAACAACGACAAUGGCGACCAAUACGACAUGAACGACUACCACGUCUUCAGCAUGGAAGAAGUCGGCGGCCCCGUCACCGACCACGGCGUAGCCCUCAAGCAAGACGACAUACCCUGGGUAUCCAAGCAACUCUGGGCGCCCGACGCGGCCACCAAAAACGGAAAAUACUACCUCUUCUUCCCCGCCCGCGACAAGGAAGGCAUCUUCCGCGUAGGCGUCGCCGUGGGCGACAAACCCGAGGGACCAUUCAAACCGGAGCCUGAACCCAUAAAAGGCAGUUUCAGCAUCGACCCGGCCUCCUUCGUCGACGACGACGGUACUGCGUAUCUCUACUUUGGCGGCAUCUGGGGCGGCCAGCUGCAGUGCUGGAAAACUGGCUCCUUCGUCCGGGAGGACUACGAAACCAUGGAGGCCACCUCUGGCCCCGCUCUUUGCGCAAAAGUUGCAAAACUCUCCGAUGAUAUGACAUCUUUCGCGUCCGACGUCGCCGACGUCGUUAUCCUAGACGAAGCCACCGGCGCGCCGAUAGCAUCAGAGGACCACGACCGCCGUUUCUUCGAGGCAGCGUGGAUGCACAAGUACAACGGCAAAUACUACUUCUCGUAUUCGACGGGCGACACGCACUAUCUGUGCUAUGCUGUUGGGGAUAGUCCGCUGGGGCCUUUUGUGUAUGGAGGAAGGAUUUUGGAACCGGUGAUUGGGUGGACGACACAUCACAGUAUUGCCGAGUUCAAAGGGAAGUGGUAUUUGUUCUACCAUGAUUCGAGUUUGAGUAAGGGGGUGAAUCAUCUGAGGUGUGUGAAGGUUAGGGAGAUUGUGUAUGAUGAGCAGGGCAAGAUCAAGUUGGCUGAGAGUCAGCCAAAGGUGGAGGCGUAG